GGGGGACAAGUAGAGUGUUCACUGCAGCAGUGAUAUUUAAAGUAUACAAAUAACACAAUGUGUGUGACCCACAUACCAAUAUAUCAGGAGAGUAAAUAGGAAGAGGGACACGAUGCAUGACCUGACUACCUUGUGACUGUGAGACGGAACUGAUAAUAGUAGCAGUCAAUACGGCCAGUCCUUAAGCCCCGGGGUAUACAUGUAUAUAAAUCACAGGAUACACCAGAUUUCACUCAAUAGCUAGAACACACAAGGGAGAAGUGAAAGUUACCAACAGUUCUUGAACAGUGCCACUAUGGGUGACAUUGACUGCGGAGACUGUGGAGACUGCGGAGACUGCGGAGACUGUGACUGCGGAGACUGUGACUGUGAUUGUCCUAGCUGUGACUGCUGCGAUGGGUGUAAUGGCGGCGACUGCUGCAACUGCGACUGUGGAUUUUGUGGAUUCUGUCCGUGUGACUGUGACUGUUGUGCAGGCGGCCAUGUCACCCAGGUAGACGGAAGUGGCCCCGUCGACCACGGUCACCACCACCAUGGCUGCGGUUCGUUAUUUUGCGUCUGGUUCUAUGAUGAUUGUUGUUGUGAGGACCAGGACAGAAGAAGACGUAGAGAUAACACAAAUGUAGUCCGUACAUAUGCCAACCAACAAAUUCCGCCACAAGGUUCAUACCCUCAGCAACAAAAUACACAAGGACCGCAACCUUCUGCUCCAGUGGAUGACCCACCUCCCUACGCUACCCUGUUUGAUCCGGAGAAGGAUGUCAUAACUAUACAGCCACAGAAUUACAAUCACGAGUCAGCAGACCGCCCAAUCACUGAACAGCCGCAGGGCACCGCAUUAUAGUGCAAUAUAAAAUAUCGGUGGACAAUGACUCUUAGUCUUCAUCAAAAAAGCAUAAAAAAAAUAAAAACCAACAGUGCUCUUGACUGUUACAUGUUUAACCUGUUGGAGUUAAUUGAGUGAUGCCAUCUUGGUGUUCAACACUGUAUACUGGGAAAAGUUUGUGGUAGUCUAAUUUUCGCCUUUUUGCCCUUUUUAUUGAGGGAAAAUUAUCAUGACAGUGAACGUUAGUACAAAGCUCACAAGACACAGUAUAUAUCUGAAGACUGAAAUGAACCAUUGUAAAUACAGAUUUUGACAGUGAAGGGUGGAUUUUGGAGGUUUACGGUACAAGAUGAAGUGAUAUUAAGGUGAAACCUACAUCAAAACAAGUGAUAAUAAAAUAAUUGAAUUGAAUAGAUUAUAUAGAAGGAAAAACGGUGCAUCAAAUAAACAUGAUAAUAACCAAAAAGUGACAUUUAGCGGCAUGAUAUUAAGUGGAAUGUACUGUAUUAAACAAGGUUGAAGUCUGACAAUAACAUGAUACUAUUAUUACACUGUGUCUGUUUCUUUGACAUUAAGAUAAAUCCAAGUUGUGCACUUGACGCAGCUUGAUCAAACCUUCGACAACAUUAUCUAUGCAAGGACUCUUGUCGAAAUCUUGUGAAAUCAAUCAAAUCCCAACACUUGGUUCAGACAAUGACAUACAGAAUAACUGCCAACUUGUGUCACACUUGUCAUUCUUGCCCAAAAUUCCGAAAAAGUGGUUUCCGAGCAUAUUGAACAUCAUAGUGAUGACAAUUUAUUUUAUAUACAUGUAUACAGCCUUUCAUCUGCUUUCCAUCCAGGCAUCAAUGCCGCCCAACAGAGCACUUCUGAUACUACUGGAUAUCUCUGCUGAUCAACGUCAGGUGUCAUAAUGUUAAGCUCAUAGUCCUAGACUAUACCAAUGUAAGUGUUGAUGCAAUUUCUUGAUUAAAUGAAUGUGCUUGUUACACUUUCAAGCUUAAGUUUAAAACUCCCGAAAGAAAUGUCGAUAUUUCAUCAUGUGUUUUUUCAUCGUGCAUUACUUGCCUAUUUUUGUCAUAUCCAUACUUUCAUCUUUACAAAUGUUACAUUUUCAUAUCUAUCUGUGUAAAUGUGGUGAUCUACAAUCUCUAUAAAUUGAUCAGGUAUGUAUAUGCUGCUAUAAAAAUAUUUUGUAUAUAUUUUCUAUUCUUUAUUCAUACAUUUAACUGAAAAAAACAGGGAAAAUCUCCUUCCUUUGAACCCUCUUACCCCAAAACAUGAACCCCUUUGCCCAGAAAAAAAAAAUGUUGCAUCUGAUAAUUCAUUAAAUAUGAUACAGUGUACAUGUUUAACCAGGGCUCAUAUGGAAGGUUUCACAGUUAUAACAAGGAAGAUUGGUCACAUUAAAAACAAUCCCAAUUUUCCCAGUUUUGCCUCAGGAUAUUCGUAAUGGCUUAUUUUUGCAUUAGCAUAUUCGUAAUGGCUUAUAUUUUUGCCUUAGCAUAUUCGUAAUGGCUUUUGCUUAAAAAAAUAUUGAUAAAAGCCUUAAUUAGCAGGAAGUGUUCGUUAGUCCACAUUGAUAACAAUAUCGUCUAUGAAGUGAGCCGGUGCUGUAAUUAUAUAUACUGCCACGUGCACUCAACAUGUUGACUGCUGUAUAUAACACAAUACAUCGUUAUCAUCAUUGGGUUUUUGUUUAUCAUUUAAACAAGAUUUGUUUAAAUGAUAAACAACAAAAUUUGUCAAAUAUCAUUGUUAAGCAUUCUUUAUUUCUACAAGAGUUGUUUAAAUGCAUUGUUGAUCAUUUAUUAUUGAAAUAAGACUUUUUUAAAUGAUAAACAACAAGACCUGUCAAAGUUCUUUUGUCUAUCGUUUAUCAUUUAUCAUUUAAAUCAAAUUUGUUUAAAUAAUAAACAAUGAAAAUCUGUCAAAUAUC